CCAGUCGUGCUGCGAGGAACCUGCCGAGCGGGGUGGUGUUGUGCCGUUGCUGACGUUACUGAACCGUACUGUACGCCGUCGGAGAGGCCAGUCGAGCGGUGCUCCGACGCGGUGCUAACUGAGAUUGGUGCGCUUGGUGAGGAGCUGCGGUUUUAUUUCUGAGGAAGUGGUAAACUAUGCUGGCGCAGUGACGCGGAGAACGAGCGAACUUCACUUCAGCGACAUGUAUUGGAUUUGUGGAUUGCUCUUAGCAGGGGCAGCUCUGGCGCUGGGUCAGCCGGGCGAUGACCGGAACGUGGACGUGAUGAUUGGUCAGGACGCGGUGCUGCAGUGCCGCUUCGACCCGACGCUGGCCCGCAGAGAGAACGUCUCCUUCGUCUGGAGCCACAAGAACAUCCAGGAGUGGGACACGGUCGCCAUCCAGGGAUCCAUCUUCCGCGAGAGAUACAGUGUCGACUACCUACCCAACGAGGGCACCUACGACCUGCGCAUCCGCGGAGCCACCUACGCCACCGAUAACGGUCAGUUUGACUGCAAGGUGCGCCGCGCCGGCUCCGGUAACGACCUGCACACGGAGCACGUGUCUCUGACGGUGCUGCUGCCGCCCGAGCCGCCCACCAUCGCCACCUCCGGCGAACCUCUGGAGGAGGGCACACCGGCGGAGCUGGAGUGCAGCUCGGUGGGCGGCAGCCCGUCCCCGGAGAUCCGCUGGUACCGCCGCGGCUCCAGCAGCCCGCUGCCAGCCGACCUGCAGCCCGCCGAGGACCGCUCGCAGCCGACCGUGUCUCGUCUGACCCUGCAGCCACACCGCAAGGAUGACCAGCAGUGGCUCGAGUGUGUCGUCUGGAACCGCGCCAUGGCGGAGGGCGAGCGGCUCACCACCGAGACCCAGCUCGACGUUAAUUACUUCCCGCGCAUCUCCGUCGGCUCCGACAAUCCCCUGCAAGUGGAGAGCGGACACUCCAUCGACCUCCAGUGCUCCGUGGACGCCAAACCAGCGGUCAGGAGCGUCCGGUGGAUCCGCAACAACGCCGUCGUCGGCAACGACUACGUCCUGCCAAUCAGCGAGGUCACCGUGGCUGACGCCGGCUCCUACACGUGCAGCGCAGAGAACGACGUCGGAGAGAAGAAGCAGGAGCUGCAGCUGGACGUCCUGUAUGCUCCCUAUGUGACCGUUGAGGAGGAGCGUGAGGUGCCCGACGGCGGCAGCGUGCAGGUGGGCUGCGAGAUCGACGCCAACCCGCCGGCCGACGACAUCUUCUGGCUGCGAGAGGACGACCCUUCGUUCCGCCAGGACGGCUACACGCUGCGCCUCAGCCGCGUCUCUGCCGAAGACAACGGUCGCUAUAUGUGCGUCGCCAUCAACCGCAUCCAGAGCGCUGACAUGCCCGAGCCCGAAGAACGCGUCGGUAACGCCACCACCAGCAUCCUGAUCCGGCACGCGCCCGGCCAGGCGAUCAUCGAGCCUGAAGAUCCGAUCGGCGUGGAGGGCCGCAGUUUGACGCUGACGUGCGACGCAGAUCCGCCUGGCCACCCGACGCCCCGCUACCGCUGGUGGCGCGAGGACGAGCCCGAGAUCCCCCUGAGCAGCGGCGCAGAGCUGAUCAUCGAUACCGUGGAGAUGCGCGACCAGGGCCGCUACGUGUGCCAGCCGGAGAACGAGCUGGGUCGCGGACUGAACGCCGUGGUCGAGGUGCGCGUGCUGCGUGCGCCCGAGUUCAACACGCGCCUGCAGGCGGAGGCCACUCAGCAACUGGACACGAUUGAGUUCUCUGCUGAAUGCAGCGCGCAGGGCAUGCCCAAGCCGACCGUCACCUGGCUGAAGGACGGUGAGGAGAUCAGCACGUCCAACGGCCUGUACGACGUCGGCAUUGAGGAGACGGAGAUGAACGACCGCGCCUUCACGGUCACCAGCACGCUCAACUUCCGCGGCGGGGCUCGUCUUGGCGAUCGUCUGACGGCUGCCGACCGUGGCAACUACACGUGCCGCUUCGAGAACGAGGCCGACACCGCCGAGACCACCAUGCUGCUCAGGAUCAGACACGCUCCGAUCGUGUACCACCAGUACAACAAGGUGGCGUUCGACAUGGGCGAGUCGGCUUCAAUCGCCUGUCAGAUGCAGGCGUACCCCGCUCCCGUGUUCCACUGGUCUCGCGCCGGCGUACCCUUGGACGGCAGUCCGAGCGGCGACUACGAGACCAACGCUACCGAGCUGGGUAACGACGUCCACCAGUCGGUUCUGCGUCUGUCUGCCGUGCGACCCUCCGACUACGGCGAAUACGUCUGCCAAGCUCGCAACGAGGAGGGUGAGCACAGCACUGCGCUUCACCUGCAGCCCAAGGGCCGUCCAGAGCCGCCUACUGACGUGCACGUGGCUGAGCUGGGCACCUCGUGGGUGCUGCUCGACUGGACGCCCGGCUUUGACGGCGGCUUCCGCCGGACGAUUCACCAUGUUGCGUUGGUGGACGAGCGCGACAACGACAAGGACUUUGACUGUCAGGAGGAGCGGCCGUGCAACGUCACUUCUCUGCAGCACCGUACCACAUACAGACUGAGGGUGAUGGCCAACAACGACGCUGGAAGUUCUGAGUACUCCGAGCAGAUGCAGUUCAGCACUCAGCUCGACAUCAGCCAGCUGCCGGCACCGGAACACGUCCAGUUCGAACAGGAGGCGCGUCAGGUCGACUUCCACGUCCUUCCCUCCGACAUCGAGGUGGUCGGAGCUCUGGAAGUCAGGACGGAGGACGGCGACUGGCGCGAUGCCGAUCAGGUGGUAGAGAUCGACAACAACCGUGGCCUGGCCGAGCUCGAUGAGCGACUUGGCGACGUGUCCGACGUCCGUGUGCGACUCUGUCCCAAGGGCAACACGACCAUCUGCGGAGCACCCGUCCAGGCCGAGCAUGUGUCUCCCGGCUCAAUCAGCGCCUCGGCCUCUGCCGGCAUCAGCAUCACCAGCAUCAUCAUCGCCGUGGUGGUGGUGGUCGUGCUGCUGGUCGUCCUCGGACUCGCCGUCGUCUGCUGCUGCCGCCGCGACAAGAAGACCAAGAAGACCGCCAAGACCUUCAACGAUGACGCAUACAACCGUCAGAAGCUGCCGGCCUACUACCCCCCGGGUAGCGGCCCGGACAACAAGCCCGGCAUGGAAACCACCGACAUGGGCCGCAUUGGCCAGGACCCAGCCAAGGUCAUCUAUGGCGCACGACCCGGCUACGACCCCGGCGCCCCGGCUGGCGGAGAGCACGGCCCGCCGGCGACCGGUCACCCGGCCAGCGGUGCCGUCAACAUGGCCUACAUGGAGAACAGCUACUCCAACUCCAACAACGGCGGAUCAGUCAACUCGCAGGACUCGCUCUGGCAGGUCAAGGCCGGCGCCGGAGACAACCGGUCCUAUGGAAACCCCGAUAACCGAUCAUACGGCAACCCAGACAACCGCUCUUAUGGAAACCCGGACAACAGGUCAUACGGCAACCCGGACAACCGUUCGUACGGCAACCCCGACAACAGGUCAUACGGCCAGCCGGACGGACGGCCGUACACGUACGACCCGAACACGUACGACCCGGCGCAGGCCAACUACCUCCCCGAUCAGCCCCUGGGAGGGUACGGCGACUACAGCCAGUACCCGGCACAGGGCGCCUACCCGACGGACGCCACCUACCCGCCGCAGGACGAGUACGGACGCCCGUACGAGGCCGAUCCGUACGGAGCCGUCGGCGGCCGCGGCCGGCCCCACCACGCAGACGGGGGCUACAGGGACGUGUCCGGUCUGCCGGAUCCCUACGCCGACCAGGAGCCAGACAACAAGCCGCAAAUCUCCUUCGACGAGUCCCUCGAGAGCGGCUACUCCACACCCAACUCGCGCAACCGGCGGGUGAUACGGGAAAUUAUAGUGUGAGCGCCGCUCGCUAGGUGUCGCCAGAGAGCUCGCCGCCGUCGCGGGGCGGAGCGCCGGGCUGGCGGGCAGGGGCGCGCGUACCCACAGCUGUCGCUCAUGUGACGUCUGAGCCCAGAGCGAGACGUCACCAGCCUGAUCAGCGGCCCGAUGCUCCGAUUCGCAGUGAGGUCGGGCCGGGGCUGCAGCCCCGGUCCUCCAGCGCACUGUGAUACCCCGUCCCCCAUGAAAACGUCCCCCGGCCCAGCGCACAGUGGGCCAGUCAUUGUGAUAGUAGUUGACUGCUCAAAGCUAGCGCCCGACUCCGUUCCGGAGCCGUGGCACAUUGUUGAGACGCCCGGGCAAAGUAUGAGCCGUUUAUAGAGUCUGUGUGGUGUGAAUGGUACGUCCGGAUGGAGCGAGAUGAGAGAAUCGCGACGACUGAAUGAAAAUUUGAGCGUGGGUGAGAAAAAUGACCAGUGAGUGUACGCCGUACGGGCAUAUGAAUGAUUUGAUUGUUAGUGUGAUUGAAUAUUGUUAGUUAGAUAGAGUGACUGAGUGUGAAUAACAAAUUGUUUUAUGGACGUGUUUCUAGCGGAGUGUAUCAUAUAGUACCAAAUUGGCCCGGUGGGAAGAGGGCGUUUAAACAUCGACUGUCUUAUGGCUAAUGUGUUGUACAACAACAGACAAAUUGUUUGUUAGUUAUGUUGCUGACCUGACCUGUGUUUGCGUUUCGUACACCCCCAUCUGAGGUGUAUCUGAGAGCGGCCUGUCUCCUGUGUUCCAUCCAUGAAUCUCGUGCCUCUGAUCGUCGCGCGGUGCCCCCCGUUCUGUACAUAGAGCCACGUGCUCGGCGCACGUGCCGCCACGUGCCGGUGGGAUCAGCUGAGUGGCGGUGUCCCAUGUGCCAACCGCGGCCAUCCGAAUGCCUGUGAUCUCAGACAUUGCGCCCCUUCACACUAACGCUACGUAACAGGGCCUGCGCAGGCCGCCGCGCCGCCCCCGGCCCCCGCAGGGGUCAGGUGGGCGGGGUGGCACCGGCGCCGGCAGCGGCACUCGGCGCUACUGCCAGUCCCCCCCCCCCCCUCCGCCCGACGCCGCCGCCCGAACAAAGUGUGUGUGGUGACGACAAGAUAGAGGAUCAGCUGCAAACGGCCGCUCAGCUGCAUUGUGAAUAAAUGGUAUUUUAAGAAA